ACGCCCACGCCAACAGUGCUAGCUAUCCAUAUGUCACCUGCACAACCAUAGCUUCUCUCUCGGCACUCCUCACCUAGUUGCGGUACGGUUGAGACAACAUCUACAGCGAACAUCAUCUUACAGAUUGGAAUUCAUUUUCUUGUCGUAUAUGUUUUAUCGCCUACAGUACCCUGCACUACAGUAGCAGUACUAUAGUAGUAGUCGUUGUCAUCCUCAACUUCCGCACGUGUGUGAGUCGAGCAACAAAGGUCAAAGAAACCGCCGCACCUUCGUUCACCUCCGUUACCCCUACCACCGACUGGACCUUUUUCAUCCUCAUCAUCCUCAUCAUAACCAAUUCCUACAACCGCCCAUCAUGGAGAUGUCAUCACCCCUGGCUGCCAUGCACCCGCCUCCCAUUCCCGCGUGGGGCUUCCGCCGAGACCUGCCUACGUCAAACUUUGGCCAACGCAGCUUCGGACCGAAGAGCUUCAAUUUCAGAGACAUGAGCAUGAAGAAACCCAAUUUGGAUUACUUCACCUUGCAGCCGCUGCGAGGGUCUUCUCCGACUGCGAGCUUAGCUGCAGACAUGUCCUCAAAUCUGCACGUCGAUCAAAGCCCUCAAUUCGUAACGCCUCGCCGAUCUCUCUUCACAUCGAAUGCUUUCAAGACUCAGAACAAUCGAGGAGAAGGAACAACGACCCCUCCUGUCAGAUGGGAAGGCGUCACAACACCACCUAUUCCUUUAUCGUCUCCUAGCUUUGUCCCCGACUCAAUGGACAUCUCUCCUCUGCCACAUAAAGCACCUUUCAGCUUCAUCUCUGAACCUCGUCCCAAGUCACCCUCUCCCGAAAGGACGCCUGCCAACGAGGACGAUAUGCUUUCCCCGUGCGAGCUUCCGACUCCUACCCAGUUCCCAGCACCCCUUUUGGAGGUGCCGCGUCCUGUGUCUGCUGCCGAGCGAAGGAAGUCGAUCCUGAUCCGCCCGAGUCUCAGUAGGACCAAGAACUACUCGACCAACACCGUGUCAUUCAAGUCCAGAGAGACCAGAGAGAAGGAUACUCUGCCUGCUUUCAAGUUCGGUGCCGGUCUCGAUGCCUUCCCAAGCAUGUCCACGCCCUCUUUGGACGAGUGCUUCGCCCCUUCGCCCCCCCAAGAGCGCAAGCCCUUUGGCAACCCCCUUCUUGGUGCUUCGAAGCCCAAGUUCAGCCUCAAUUCCGGGCUGGCUCGUGCCAAUGGUUCCCCUCUUGCAGCCCAUGUGAGGAAGCCUGCCGGUCCUCCCUCCCGCCGUCCCAGCAAGUUCAGGAGGUCUCUCAGCAUGUAUGAACACCCUGGUGAUGUGAUGAACCAGAAGGAGGACACCGCCAAUUACACGCCUAGCAGCCUGCAAUCGGUCAUGGAUGUUGAUGAUACCCCUGCUUUGAAACUCCCUAGCUUCGUCCCCGAGAAUGAGCCUGACAGCCUUCCUCGCAUCGAACACUCCACCUUGAUCAGUGUGCUCAAUGGUGAUUACAACAACAUGUUUGAUAAGACAGUUAUUGUUGAUUGUCGCUUCGAGUAUGAAUACGAAGGAGGCCACAUUGAAGGUGCCGUGAACUUCUGCGAAAAGGAGCAACUCGCCCAGGAGCUCUUCGCCAACGGCGUGACCACACCCAACACUCUCCUCGUCUUCCACUGCGAAUACUCCGCGCAUCGUGCACCGCUCAUGGCCAAAUUCGUCCGUCAUGAGGACCGCAAGGUCAACUCGUUCCGCUAUCCACAGCUCUCCUACCCCGAGGUGUACAUCCUCGACGGUGGAUACAGUGGCUUCUACGAGUCUCAUCGGUCUCGAUGCUUUCCUCAGAACUACCUUCGCAUGGAUGCCAAAGAGCAUGAAAAUGCCUGCGAACGUGGCAUGAACAAGCUCCGUCAGCGCUCUAAACUGAGCCGUGCCCAGACCUUCGCCUUCGGUCAGAAGUCCUGUCAGAUGGAGGACAGCCCUACUGCCAUUGGCCGGUCAAAGAGCGGCGGAGUCCUUACUCUCGGAUUUGACGACACCCACACCAUGGGACGACUAGGCGGCGCCCGCCGAAUGGCCUCAUACUAAGCCGUGGCGGGUUCAGCCCCACGAUCUUCUCACGAUAGUCAGCUAUGCUUUUCAUGGCAUAUCAACUUUAUUCAUGGCGUUAUGGAUUGACGGCGGCAUCUCGAACUUGCAGCACUGGCGUUUUGGGUAUUUACCUUUACCCCUGUGGCGUUUACAGCGAUACCAUUUCUGCCCAUAUUUGUUUCGAAUUCAAGGCUUCCGGACGGACAAGAACACACCCA